AUGGAAGACGAUGGAUUCACAUUGGUGACAGGGAAGAAGGCCGGAAAACCGGCAAAUCGGGCAUUUAAAAAAUCCGCCAACAGCACACACAUCCGUGUGGAUGGCUCCCUCGCCGACGUCGAAAAAUCGAUAACGGCCGCGACGGCGGCAAUUCAAAAAUCGGGUCUUGCCACGUGGCUUCAGAGACAAAUCGAGCGGAUUCUAGAGGAGAAAAAGGCGGGAAAUUCAAACGUUCGAGUCCAAAAAAUCGAUAAAAUCGUCUUGAUCGGAAAUGGGCACUUCGAUUGGUCGGAUCAACCGGGCGCCCAUCAAUUCGCACUUUUUCUCGAAAUUUCUCGAAUUUUCCACGUAGAUUCGGUGGUUUUUCAAGACCCAUGCAUUUCGGAGCCGGAAAAUCGAUAUUUGGAGCUGAAAAAUGUGGAAAAUCGCCAAAAAAUCGAUACGAAAAUCGAUAUUGGCGACGGCGCCGAUCAAUUAUCGAUUUUUGUGCUAAUCCAUGGAGAACACGAGAUUUUUAGCGAUUUUUUGGAGCAUAAUUGGCUGAAAAUUGCUGAAAAUCAAAAUUGCGUAGUGAUCGGAAACAAUUACGGCGGUAUCGAUUGGCAAUUAUCGAUUUUUCGAAAAAAUCACCCGAAAAUCGAUCAAUUUUGGGAGAAAUCGAAAAUCACGCCGUUUCCGGAAAUUUAUAAACCCCAUAACUCGGCAUUCUCUAGUACUGUAAUCAUGUGUCCCGAUUUUGAAUAA